UUGCCGAAUUGUAUUCGGUAUAUAGUUUUACAAUACUUAUACUUAAACAUGUAAACAUGAAAAAAGCAGUAUUUACUACGUUAAUAGGUCUAUAUGCCACCCAUGUAAUGGGCAUACGGCAUACCAAUUCACUUCCUGGUAGAAGCCAAGAUGCUAUGCUUGUUGAUGCAUUGGCAUCUGGGCUAAGUGAAAGCUACGCUAGGAUUAAUGCAAUUGAAGAUGAAACAGAUAUCGCAUUCCGAAUGGUAGAGAGCAUCAGACAUAACCCUAACAUACAAGAUGCUGUUUGUGCUAGAUUCAUCAAAAAACAGUUAUGUCAUGAAAUUGUUACUGUAUAUGUCAGACGUUGCUCCCAAGGGCAAUGUGCUAUCUUGGAUACUGAACAACACCCUCUAAAUGAUCCAAAUCCUACUAUUAGACUGCCAAAUACAUAUCAAUUGGAGGCAGCAUUCUACAUAUUCAAAAAUUUAUUAAAGCAAUAUAGUAAACAGAGACACAUGGAGGGUAAACGUUUCAGGAGCAAAUCAAAAAGCAAUUUGUAUCGUCUUUUUAUGUCAUUGUUGAUGAGGAAAAACAUGUUUUUCAGGAAGAUUGACAGAAGAGACUUGUUCCUGAGCCGCUAUCUUUUCAUGACUACUAUAUACUACAAAACAUACACGACUAUAGAAAAAAUGAAGACAAGCCUACAAAAUAACAUGAAGAUCGCAAGAUAUCUCUGUAGCAAACGAAUACGCAAGGCUUUGGGAAACAUUCUUAAGGUCAAUAUUAGGGGGGCUGUAAAGGAUACACCAGCUAACUACAUCACUGCGAAAACUAGAGAUUACGAAAUUUACCUGAGAAGACAACAAUCAGAAUCGGGCACCUUUACGACAGAGUUUGUUAACAUGAGUCUAGAUAUAUUAAUUAAAAUGGUGACAAAACUUCAAAUGCAAGCUGAUAAGCCAUGGUACAAAAAGUGGUACUACGUAUUCACAAAACCUGUGAAAUGGGCUGUAAAUCUGAUUGAGAAUGAUGAUGCGCCAUAUGGGUGGGAUAAAAUGAAGGGAAACAAAAAAGCUAAGGAAGAGGAAUUCGAUGAAUUCGCAUCAAACAUAAACAAUAUAUGAAGAAUGUCAAAGCUUAAUGUUCUAUCGCAACUAUUUCAAAUC